GAAACGGGUGUGGCAUUACUGGGAGUGAUAACAACCGACAGUUCUAGAAAUAGCGCGCUCCCGACGUUUGAAGUUUCCGCACAACCGUUGGCACAGCAUUUGCCAGUAAACUGACGCGCUCUGCCUCAUGGCUUCGCAAGGCCAGCGCUAUACAGUGUUCGGGUUCUCACCCGAACUGGACUGGAGACCAUUGCACUUCGUCGAUUCCGCACCAGCGAACAGAAUAUGUGGUGUGUGUGGUCUGCUACCCAGAGUGAACAUUUUUAUGCCGUGCCGACACGUGCUGUGUCAAAGCUGUUAUGAGCAAUGCCUGCUCGAGGACGCACACGUCUGUCCACUCGACGGUUACCCGUUUCUUGAAGAAGACGCUCAGUGGGCGUACUUCCCUUUGGAGAACCUGCUCAGACGGAAGGUAAAGUGCUGGAAUGAGGACCAUGGCUGCGAGGCGGUGUUGUCUGCUUCAAACCUUCACAAGCAUUUUUACGAAGAGUGUAGCUACCACUCCAUGCGUUGUCCUAAAUGUUCAGCGUUCGUUCUGUGCAGUAAUGUGUGCGCCCACAGAAAAAACAAUUGCAACAGCUAUGCAGCUCCCAACAUGGCCGACCAUCCGAACCCAUCGAACGAGUCCAUGCAGAAAGCAGUGUUUGUGGCUUUGGAAGCAAUAUUGGAAGAACGUGAAGCAGAUAUGAGAUCCGGGCUUGAAAAAUUACUACGCGAUAGCAGCACGCACUGCAAUAGACUAAACGAGCUUUCCCACAAUAUCAAUGCAUUAAGCGAGACAGUGGCAGAUCUGUCGGAGAAAACAACGCGUAAAACUAAUGAUGAUAGCCAAGUUGCACGAUGCGUAAGCGCUUUAAGUGAAAAUGUCGAAGCAGCUGUGCAAGCGACAGCUAGAAAAUGUCUCGAAAUGUUGGAACAGAGCAAUACCGAGCUAAGGAGACAUUUUGCCACCGACCGCGACCUACUACAGAUAGUUUCCCGCACUGUGAGUGCCUUACAGGGUACACUUUCGAGAGAACUGGAGCGUGUCACGGAGACGAUCUGCCGAAAGUUGAACACCAGCACCAACCGUAUUGCUACAUCAAAGGUUCAAGAGAGGGAAAGCGGCCAUGUGGCAUCAGACGUGAAAAGAGUUCUCCUCGGACACAACACACUGAAUGUUAAACACUACGAGUUUUAUGUGAAGGGAAUGAAGUCACUUAAGGAAACGGCAAUGUCAGUCGGCUGGGCCGGAUACUUGACCGAUCCCGUAUACCUCGGCGGUUAUUACAUCUCCCUGGGUUUGUUUAUGAAGAAAAUUGAAAGUUCUGUAUUUGUGUACGGGCAUUACCGUCUGCACAAGGGUGCGAUCGACGAAUUCCUGAAAUGGCCAUUCAAUCAUUCCGUCAAGCUUACCUUCGUGAAUUUUUCAACAAAUAGGAUCCGCGAGUUUUCAGAUGAGACUGGCAGUAACCUCGAACAUUUUGGCGGGCCUGCAGUAGCGAUGAAUAGAAGCAUCAUUUUUAACUAUAACUGUGACGUAGAAGAUCUCGAACGUGAAGGCUAUAUUGAGAAUGACCAGCUCUGGGUAAAGUGGGAGCUUAUGCCUCGUAAGUCUGAAUAAAUCUUAUGCUUGCUGGUGUAAAAAAGAGUAUAUUGUGUACAAACGAUUAACAUCAGUAGGAUUUACCAUUGUCGUCUUGUGACGCGGUUAAUAUUGGUGGUGUACGAAUAGCGAAUGUGAUCCAACACCCAAAAUAAUGUUAGUAUUUCUUUGAAGAGAGCCUAGGGAUCUUAGCCGCUUUCCAGGUUCUCGCGCCUUUCAUGUUAUCACGUAGUCAAUUUGUAACCAUUUUUCUUUAAAUGUGCGUUAUACAA